AUGUUAAAUGAGCAUAUUCAAGUAUUAGCAAGAAAAAGACGAAAUGCAGACGAUUAUAGAGAAGGAUUAUCAACUCUGCCAACUAAGAUCAAUCAGAGUAAUCAACUCUCCACCCUUGAGAGGAUUCCAGACCAAACAGCUGAAUCAGAUGCAUCUUGCACUCUCUCUCCCCACCAAACUCAGAUUCAGUUUAAUGAGAACGAGAAUGCAUCAACUGAGAUGGAGCCAUCAGCUGAAAAGAAGCAGAAUACAUUGCAUCGACCUAGGUGGGAAAAAAGUAUAAAGCCUCUAAUUGACAAGUAUGCACUUGCUGUUGAGGUAAAGCCAGAAUUAGUUUUUGAUGAUUAUGUUCAGCCACCAUCAACAAAAAUUAUCUUCAAAAUACCAUUCGAAGGCGAGUUUGAUUUCAAAAAACAUUAUGACAUGUUAUGGGUACGAGAUAUCUAUCAGCAAUUGUAG